UAUCAGGCCCUAGUUACCCAGGUGUGUUUAUACAGGUAAAUUAUCCACCAGGAAGUAUAAAUAACAAACCGAAAGUACUUCCCAGCCUGAUGAAUAUCGGGGUGGGGGCCAUGGAUUUCUUGUUCAUACACAGCUGGAGAUUAGAAGUAUAAAAGAUUCUAUUCGACUAUGGCCAUGGCCAAUCCCCAGGCACAGGAGGUCAUCACCUGUGACCUUUGUGAUAACUCCACCCAGCAGUUCUGUAACAACUGUCAACUCAGUUUGUGUGUGGACUGUGUUAGUAAACACGUGGACAAGCUCAAGUACCAACCACAUGACAUCGUUCAUUUCAAAGACAGAAAGGUGGAUUUUCCCGAGUGUAAAAUUCAUUCCAGCCAGAGAUGUGAGGCCCACUGCCAGCAAUGUGAUGUUCCAGUUUGCCUGAAAUGCAUGCUUGGUCCCCAUAAUGGACACAAAGUCAAGGAUAUGCCAGAAAUUUUCAACGACAAGAAAAAGAAACUUGAAAAGGAAACAAAAGAAAUUGAAUCCACCAUCAUUCCACAGUACCAGAAGAAAAAUGAAGAAACAGAAAGCAAACUAUCCAUUUUAAUGGCCGAAUUUGAUGAACUGGACAAAGAAAAAGAAAACCACAGAAAAUCCUGGCACCAAGAAGUAGACACCAUUUUCAAUCAUCUGGGUUCUUUGAUGAAGUCCAUAAAAGAAAAUCUCCUGGCUGCUCUAAACUCUCACCAAUCCAAAAUCAAAAAUCAAAUUCCAGACAUGACCCAUACUGUUCAACAAAACAAAGAAAUUCUGAAGUCCAACAAUGUGUCUGCAGUCACUAACUACAAAUCCAAACUCGAGGAAUACAGGAACAUGCCUACUGAUAUUGAUGUCAAACUGCCAUCACUCAAAACCAACACAGUCCAAGGGAGAGAACUCAGCCUGGAAUUAGGAGGAUACAAGGCUAGCCUGACACAGACAACACUGUCCAGUCUGACAGAGGAAGUCUCCUAUUUAUCUUUACAAAAGCUGUUAGAGCAAGCCAAAUCAAUUUCAGCCAUUCCUACUGGACUUAAUCCUCUACACCAUGUUGCCUGUGUGGGGGUGGAUGAAGCCUGGGUUAGUGGUAAAGAUAAAACCAUAAGACGUGUUGACAUACACGGGUCUGUACAGGACACUGUCACCACCACAUGUAAAACCAGGCCUAAUGACAUCACAGUGACCAGACAGGGAGAACUGGUAUACUGUGAUACUAAAAAUAGAACUGUGAACAUUGUCAGACAUGGGAGAACGGAGACACUGAUAACCACAUCACGGGGCUGGUAUCCAAACAAAGUAUGCUGUACUAAGUCAGGGGACAUCCUGGUCAGUAUGUUUAAUACUGAUAAAAGUCAAUAUAAAAUUGUCCGUUAUCAGGGACACACAGUGAAACAGGAAAUAGAUAGAGAUGAAGAUGGAGAACCAAUCUAUAAUGGAGGGACACACGCACUGUCUGUGGUGGAGAACAACAAUGAAGACAUCUGUGCCUCUGAUGGUAAUGCUAAGGCCGUGGUCGUGGUGGACAAGUCAGGAAGAGUCCGAUUCCGAUACUACGGUACACCAGCCAGGAGGAAGAAGUCAUUUAAUCCUGUACAUAUAGUGACAGACUCCAUGAGUCAGAUCAUUGUGGCAGAUUUCAACAAUGACUGUCUACACAUCCUGGAUCAGAACGGACAGUUCCUGAGAUGUGUGGACAAUUGUGGACUAGAUAAUCCUUAUGGACUGAGUGUGGACAGUGAGGGGAGGUUGUGGGUAGGGUUACUUCAUUCAGGAGAAGUGAAAGUGAUUCAGUACAUGAAAUAAACACAUGAUAUCACAUACAGACAUCAGAUAAUGACAGAGUUCACACAGUGCUCUUGAUACAGACAUGUUUUAGUGAUAUUUACACAACAAUGUUUUCUUAUGUAUUCAUUCAAAGUUUUUGUCAAAGUGGAAUUCAAACAUUAAAUUGCUAUCAAGAAUAUAAAUGUGAAUCUAACUUUUUCUCAUCUUAAGAAUUAUUUACUACUUAAGCGUCAUUUUUAUUUUGAUCUGAAUUCACUCGGACAAUUUAAGAUCUCAUCAACCAUACCAGUACAUGUUUGUACAUGAACAAGUUCGGGGCUAAAUCAAAACUUCAUGUCUGACAAAAAACUAAAUUCACAAAGUUUUCACCAAGACACCUCCACUCACCCUUAAAACUAGAUAUGAAUUGAUGAAUGUUCAAACUAAUCGAUUAGCAAGUAAAAUCAUAUGAGUAUAAAUAAUACUAUAUAUAUAUAUAUAUAUAUAUAUAUAUAUAUAUAUAUAUAUAUAUAUCUUUUCUAUUGUUUAUUCACAAAUGAAAGUCACAGUACAUUAAAACUUUAAUGUUUAUUAAAAUGUAAUAUAAAUAUUAUGUAGUUUUUAAUUUUCUUUGUCCACCAAAGUGUAAUUGAGGUCGGAAGAUAGAAACUUACGGGAAAUUCUAUCCCCCUCCCUCCCCCUAACUAUUUAACUUUAGAUUUUUAUCCGACACCGAUCUUUUGAUCUCACCCCUUAACAAUGUUUGUUUUAGUUCUCACCAUGCAGUCAGAGAAUAACCCUUUUCCACAAUUUAAUCUAUUUUUUAAAUGUAUGCUUUAUCAAUCAUUAUGGUAAUUCAUUGUCAAAUGUUUAUGAAACUUAGCAUGAAGAAUUGUACCACUCAUAUAAUUGUAAUCGAUGCCUUUGUGAUAUUUCCUGAAAUAAAAACUUGGACAUUC